GAAAUCAAAUUACUUCGUAGCAACCACUAUAAAUCAACCCGCACAAAUUGACUUUAUUCUCUCAUUGUCUGAAGUCGUCUGGAAAAUAUCUUUCGUGCGCUUUAAAGUUUCCAUUGUAUAUCAUUAACCAAAGCCUAUCACUAGUACAAAACAUAAGCCAGCUAUCAAUUCGUAACACAAAGGACUCGGGUUUCGACUAAACAAGAGACGCCCCUCGCACAAUCGGAGCUCUACUUUGCUUGUUGGCAACAAAAAAGUGCGCGACUCAGUUGAGCAAGUUAAAACUCGGGAUCAGACGUCGGAAAGCGGAGGAAGACGAAUUAGGAUGGCAACUAAUCGUUUACGCGCCUCGCCGCUCGUACGUGAGUGUAUGGCAGAAUUCAUCGCAACAUUUAUUCUUAUCAUCUUUGGGUGCGGAUCUGUAGCUCAGGCCGUUCUCAGUCGCCAAAGCCAUGGCACGUUUUUCUCAAUCAACUUCUCGUGGGGAGUCGGCGUUACUAUGGGCUGCUAUUGGGCUGGAGGUAUAUCCGGCGCCCAUAUGAACCCAGCUGUCACGUUAGCGUUAGCAGUCACACGGCGCUUUCAAUGGCGGAGGGUGGCGUUUUUCUGGGCGGCACAGCUGACAGGGGCGUUUGUGGGAGCUGCGUGCGUUUAUGGCGUCUAUUACGACGCGCUUAAUGCAUUUGACGGCGGAGUUCGACACAUUAUUGGAGUAAAUGGGACGGCCGGUAUCUUCGCGACCUAUCCACAAAACUUCCUUACCACUGCGGGAGGCUUUGGGGACCAGUUUUUCGGCACAGCCAUGUUGGUUGGGUGCGUGUUCGCCAUUACGGAUAAGCGUAACACACACGUGGACAAGGGCGUGAUCCCGGUCCUUAUCGGCUUGGUAGUCUUCGUGAUUGGGGCGACGUUCGGAUUCAAUUGCGGAUAUGCCAUCAACCCGGCUAGGGAUCUGGGACCGAGACUCUUCACCGCCCUUGCGGGCUGGGGCUGGGAGGUGUUUACAGUCUGCAACUAUUGGGCCUGGGUCCCAAUUGUGGGAUGCCUGCUGGGUGGUAUCGCGGGCGCGGUAUUGUACAUUGUCCUCAUUGAGAUGCAUCACGUGAAUGGGGAUGAUACGCUACACUCAGUCAAAGUUGAAUCACAGGCAAUGGAGAUGAAUAACGUCGAUGGACACCAGAACCCGGCAUUCGACAAGGAAACAAACCAGACCAAGAGUAACGGGGCGCCCUGUCAACAGAAUGCUAACAGUACUGGCAAUUACUCGUCAGCGCCUGUUGCAUCAGUAAACCACGCGGAAAACAGCGCCCAGUCAAGCGACGAGAAUUUGACUGUCUUGUAGACACAGACCCGAGACUAUCUUGUAAGAUAUACGCGAGGCGCGUGCCCGCAACAGAGCCAAACCUUACUGGGAGGGGACUCUCUCACUUGGCAAGGAAUUCAAGAACCAGGCUUUACCACAACGUACCUCCAACUGGUACAGGCUCGUGGUUUUGACGUGAUAACACGAUUAGAUGUAAAUAACACACACUGAUUUUUAGAGAUGCAGUAGAUCUGAAGGAAGGUGGGGGCUAAGGCUGCGUAGCAAGUAUAAAGUAGGUACGUAAAUGACGUCAAGUGGUCGCGCGUCAUAUCAAGAGAAAAGGAAUACCCAUUUCUUAGCCUGCUAGCCGGCUCUCCGGAGUUUUGGGAUUCCCCGAAACUCCGAGAACUCUGGAAAGCGGGCUAGCAGGCUACCCCUUUUCUUGCCCUUUAUCUCCCCAGGCACGCGCGGCCUUCUCGCGGCCACCACGCUUUCCAAACCUCGUCCCCAGGGUCUUGUGGGUAAAUUUCAGUAUGGCGUCUUAGCUAGACCACAGACCCUGUGAACGAGGUUGCGCUUUUCCCAGAUGCUCAGUGCUUGUCUUGACAAAAAAGAAGAAAAAAAGAAGAAAAAACGCCGAUUUACAGUAAACGUGUUUAUUUGAAGACAUUUUUAGUAGAUUUGAACGAUUUUUGUGUAACAGAGCUUAAACCCCUAUUUACUUUGUGUGCGCCGUGUAUGUAGUUUAUUCAUAACCCAGACAUGGUUAUUCGCGGAUUUGCGGUAACCUUAUAGAUUAUAUUUUAAUGAGAUUACAUUUGUCACUCCAACGGUUUGCCUAUUCUUGUUCGUUUAUGGGAUCGCAUUUAUUUUUAUGUCAAUAAGUUUUCUUUUGACGUUAGACUCAAGUGGUCCUAUUUCCUAGCUAGUUAUUCUUUCGUCUUUGUCUUAAAAAUAGUAAAACGCUGUAUUCAUUUGCCUUGGAGUUACAUAAAGUAAGAUUGUAUUCAUGUAUUAUUUUUGAAUAGAGAUUCAAAAAAAUGUUGUAUUACUA